GCGUGUCUAUUACCCUGCGUCACCAAGCAGACAAUAAAGAACGCAGAUUUUCAGACAACGAAAGAAAACCGAUCAGACGUCCAGCUGAAUCCAAUUUCCAAAGAGACCCCCCACCUCCACUCAAGAAACCAAAAACGAAAGGAAAAAUUCCUCGUUCGGCAAUUUGCCAUAUUCUCAAAUCACACACGCAGCAUACUGAUGAUGUUGUUUUGAGACCAGAUCCUUGUAACUCAAGACACCACCCCCAUCUGUUGACCAUCUUGUCCUAGAUAAGAAGACCCAGUUCUCCGAAAAAGCCGAAUCCUUCAAGUCUCGGCAAAGGACCCAUUUGCUUCGAUCAUCCCAGAUCCAAAAGUAUGAGAUGGAAAAGUCGAACGGGGUAAUCAAUGAUAAACCCGGUGAAGAAAGCCAGCCCGGCUCGGCCGAUUUCCGGGCCGGCUCGCUCCACCCCAGGUCCCCGAGGAGCGGCCCCGCCGAGCCGAGCGGGCCCCAGCCGAGCCGGUUCUCGAGCCCCGACCUCUCUUGCGGUAAUGGGUCCUCGUUUUCUUGCGUAAAGAUGGAAGCUUUGGAGUUCCUGUGGGGACGUGAUAAGGAGCGCUCGAAAACUCAGCAGAGGGCGAAGAGGAAGAUGGCGAGAAGGUGGUACCAGAGAAGGGGGGUUGUUUUCGUGAUUGGGUUGAUGGUUUGUUUUCUCUUGGUGAAUUGGUUGAUGUUCUUGAGCUUGCAAGAUCACAAGGUUAGCAUUCAAGGUGGAGUUGCAGGGAAUUCGUCUUCUGCAGUUUCAUUUCGUAUCAAGAAGGGAGAUGUGAAAAGUAUCCGGAAACGAGUGAAACCUUGGAGGGGUGUGUAUGGAAGGUUGUUGGCUUGGGCUGCCCAUGCCUUGGCAGAGGGUCAUAACAAACCUGAGCCAAAAGACUUAUGGCGGGAACCAUUUGUUCCAGCUUCUGCAUGGAAACCUUGUUCAGAUCAACGUAACUGGAAACCGAGUGGUGGAAACAAUGGAUACAUAAUGGUCACUGCAAAUGGUGGAAUGAACCAGCAGAGAGUAGCUGUCUGUAAUGCUGUUGUUAUUGCAAGAUUACUCAAUGCAACUCUCGUUGUUCCACGAUUUUUAUACAGCAGUGUCUGGAAAGAUGUUAGUCAAUUCAGCGAUAUCUAUCAGGAGGAGCACUUUAUUAACUACUUGACUCCUGAUAUUCGGAUAGUGAAGGAGCUCCCUGAAGAGCUACGAUCAUUAGACUUGGAGGCAGUUGGCAGCCUUAUUACAGAUACUGAUAUCAGAAAGGAAUCAAAACCAAGUUUUUAUGUGAAGAAUAUUCUUCCUAUUCUGAUCCAGACUAGAGUUGUCCAUUUCCUUGGAUUUGGAAAUCGUCUGGCAUUUGACCCCAUACCAUUUCAAUUGCAGAGACUUCGUUGCAGAUGUAAUUUUCACGCUCUCCAGUUUGUCCCAAAGAUACAAGAAACCAGCGCUUUGCUUCUUCAGAGAGUACGACAGCGUCCACAACCUGGAUUGCUAGAUCACUAUCUUGUCGGUCCUUAUGCAGAGUCAAUGCUGAAAGAAAAGGGAGGUCAUUCUGGGAAAGCUUCUAAGUAUCUUGCUCUGCACCUGAGGUUCGAAAUCGACAUGGUAGCUCAUUCCCUGUGUGAAUUUGGUGGUGGCGAAGAAGAGAGACAAGAAUUGGAGGCAUUCCGCGAAGUCCAUUUCCCUGCAUUGACUCUUCUAAAGAAGACCUCGAAGUUGCCUUCUCCUGCUGCUCUAAGGGAAGAAGGCUUGUGCCCUUUGACACCUGAAGAAGCGGUACUUAUGCUAGCCGCUCUUGGUUUUAAAAGAAAAACAUACGCAUAUGUCGCUGGAGCAAAUAUAUAUGGGGGGAGGUCCAGGUUGGUUGCUUUGAACAGCUUGUAUCCUAAUUUGGUCACCAAGGAGACUCUUCUUUCAGCAAGUGAACUGGAACCUUUCAAGAAUUUUUCGUCUCAGUUAGCUGCUUUGGACUUCAUAGUCUGCACCGCAGCGGAUGCCUUUGCCAUGACGGACUCAGGGAGUCAGCUAUCAUCCUUGGUCUCUGGUUACCGGAUAUAUUACGGUGGAGGAAAGAUGCCGACAAUAAGGCCAAACAAGCGAAGACUCGCAGACAUCUUUACGAAGAACAAUACAAUAGAAUGGCGCGUGUUUGAACAAAGGGUGAGGAAAGCAGUGAGGCAAACUAAACAUGUUCAAAAGAGGCCAGUGGCAAGGAGUAUUUACCGGUUCCCGCGCUGCAAGGAGUGUAUGUGCCUUAUAUGAUAAUAUAUUCAAGUAGGGUCUGUUGAUUGUUAGCUGUUUAUUGUUUUAACAUUCUUUUUCACAUGCUAAUUUAAUUGAAUGUUGUAACAACCAUAAGCAGUCAUCAGAUCAGCUGAGGAUUGACAGCUGACGAGAAAGUUCCUUAGAGAGAUCUUCAAACAUUACAUUUUUGGAGAUGAUAGCAUUGUCAUCAUUCUUUCACCCCAUAAAAUCCAACUUCUUUUGCCCAA